AUGUCAUUAAAUUCGAAUUUGCCUAAACAUUGUGCAGCUCCACUCAAACUAAAUGCAACACUCAAUGAUAUUGCUCAACAAUAUGCAGAGCGCUUAGCAUCAACGAACACAUUUGAACAUAGCGGUAGGAGAUUCAAUGGAGAAUGGAUGGGAGAAAAUCUUUACAAGUCCGGAGGAAAUAAACUAUUGUAUGAAUCAGGUGGUACACCAGUUACAGCUUGGUAUGAUGAAAUAAAAGAUUAUAAGUAUGACAAUCCUGGAUUUUCAAAAGGUAUUGGUAGAGCACUAACACAAGAUGGAACUCAACUCUAUGUAGUUGCAAAUUAUUUUCCGGGUGGAAAUUACAACAAUUUGUAUGUUGAUAAUGUUGGACGACCAUCAUGUUGA